AUGCCGUCAUUACAUUUAGACAGCUUUAAAAUUAUAAAAACAAUAUUGAGAAGAAAACACCUGAUUGUUUUCCUUAUAAUAAAUAUACUUAUAUUUUUAAAAUUAAAUGAACACAUAACAUAUCCAUUUGUCUCUUUAAAAACAAAUUUUUUAGAUAAUCAUAAAAUAAAUCAUAAUAAUAAUAAUAAUAAAAUAUGGAAUACCAUUUAUCAUAUAGAAAAAGAAAAACAAAAUGGAUAUAGUCAAAUCAAAAAUAAUAACACAUAUACAAAAAAUAUUUAUAAUGAUAAAAAUGGAAAGAUAUAUGUGAAUACAAAAUAUAUCAUAAAUAAUUAUAAAGAAUAUAUAAAAAAUAUUUAUAUAUAUUAUAAUACAUUUUUGAACCAUGUCAAAUAUUUUAUUAUCAAAAUAAAAAAUUAUAACGUCAUUUCUCAAACAUGUUUUUUUCUAGAACAAAAAUCAAAACAUAUAUCAACAAAUAAUAAAAAACUUACACUUCAAAUAUUUCAACACUUCAAUAAGGGAACACAUAUUUUAUAUAAUAAAACAAAUAAUUCAUUAAAUAAUGUAAAAACAGAUUUUCAUAAUAAAUUAGUCAAACGAAGAGUUUUAUUAGCCCUCAUGAAACGUAAAAAAAAAGACAAGCGAAAAUCAAAGUUAGCCAAAAAGAAAAAAUUAAAAGAUAAAAAAAAAAAAAAAAAAAAAAAAAAAAAAAAAAAAAAAAAGGAAAAAAAAAAAAAAAAAAAAAAAAAAAAAAAGAACAAAAAGAACAAAAAAAAGAACAAAAAUAAAAAGAUUAAAAAAAAUAAGUGGAGAAAAAAUAAAAAAAACAAAUAUGAAGAAGACGAAUAUGAUGAUGAUGUAGAUGUAAUGUAUGAUGAUAAAAAUCUAAGAAAAAGAAAAAGAAAUAAAAGAAGAGGAAAAAAAAAUAAAUAUAAUAAUAAAAAUGAUAAAUUAAUAAUGGAAGAAGAUGAUUCAUUACAUGAUGAACAUGAUGAUUAUGAUGAAAAUAUGAAAUAUCAUUUAAAUGAAGAUGAACAAGAAGGAAAAAAUUAUUAUCAUCAUGAUGAUGAUGAUGAAAAUGAUAUAAAUUAUAAAGAUCGUUAUUAUAAAAAGAAAAAAAAAAAUAAAAGAAGAAAAAAUAAAAAUAAAAAUAAAUAUGAUGAACAUGAUGAUUAUGAUGAUCAUCAUAAAAAUCAUGAUAUACAUCAUGAUCAUGAAUCAGAAGAAUUAGAAGAAAAAAAACAUGAACUCGAAGAAAUUAAUGAUAUUGUUAGUGAACUCACAACCAAAAAAAGAUUAUUAAGAAAUGCCGAGCAUCACAUGUUAAAACUUUUAAAGGACAUACAUUCAUUAGAAACAAAAAGAUAA